AUGACUGGUACUGCUGGUCUUGAAGAUGGAGUCUGUGACGAUGGUAAGAAUGCUGAAAGCGAUACUGAGAUUAGAGAGUCCCACCGGGGGUUACCACUGGCGAAAAAACUGAAUGGGGAUUUAUUCAGUUUGGAAUCUACGAAUGAGAAUGAAGCCGAAGAAAGAGUCACAGAAAUACACAGGGUGUCAGAUCCACUCUAUGAUAGAACUUCCCGUCGAGUAUUUGUUACAGGGAGCCUGGGUAACUUGCUGGGCGACGAUGGGCAAGAUGAAGACGAAAAUUCCGACGCAAGUGGUGAAGAUAGUGGCGACAGGUUUCCUGAAUAUUUUUCGGACCAUAUGACCAUGAAAGUGAAGUCCAUAAAGCGACCAGGCACUGGCCAAGAAGAAAGCCAUAAGCGAAAUGGUAGACUGAAGAGCUCGUCCCAACCAAACAAAAUUCCUUCGUCAUCCUGGAUGGACAUAUCAUUACACCAGGUUCUGAAGUCUGUUCUCGGGCGCGUACCUCGAUCGACCCCAGGAAUUAAGACGCUAACUCGAAUUAUUGACUUGGUUUACGACAGCUCUAUUAAUACCUACGAUGGCGCUAGCGAAGACCCGACUGGUGACUCUGAGCUCGACUCCACAUCAAUAUCAGAACAACGAAGUGAUAAACUCGAAGCUCCAUUUACUCCUCCUCCGGGUAUGCGGUAUGGGCUGACAGAUAGAGAGAGACAUGAUUACCCAUUUACUCAGUACAAUAGCCAAACGUCACGGGUUGAAGAAGUUUAUGACAACUCUGUGAGUGAAAUCAGUAGAUCCAACAAGCCGAAGCGAGGAAAAACAUCGGAUCUCAUUGAAGCGCUUAAAGAACAGCAACGAAAAGCUGAAACAUAUUCACACUGGCUGGAGGCAUCUCGUGAAUUAGACUCGUUGCUCGGUUAUGACGAAUGGAAGGCUCAAGAUGAGUCGGACUUGUAUGACAGCGAGCUGGUAAGACACAGGUUAGAACAGCUACAGCAAGCACGUGAAGAUGGUGAUAUGGAACGGUUAUUGGUACUUGUCAGAACGACACUUCAGAGGAACUUGGGAAAUAUCGGCGAUCCGCAGCUCUAUCAAUAUUCUUACACUGGUACCAAGCAUUUAAUUGAGAACUACAUAUGUGAGUGCGAACUAUCUUUGCAAACACUAAUGGCUUCACCUAAAAUAGACGACACUCGCUUGUUGGGAACAUUGAUCCAGACAAGAAAAGCUUUCGGUAGAACUGCACUGGUAUUGUCAGGCGGUAGCACGUUUGGCGUGCUUCACAUUGGCGUGCUCUUUGAGCUUUGGAGCGCAAAGUUACUCCCCAGGGUCAUUUCGGGAUCAUCUGCAGGGUCUAUAUUUGCAAGCAUCCUCUGCAUUCAUCUUGAUGAAGAGCUCGACAGUCUAUUACAGCUCCUUGAGGGUGAUUUUGAUAUAUUUGAGAAAACCGGAAGCGAGGAGAGCACACUUGUACGCAUAACAAGAUUUCUGAAAUAUGGCACUUGGUUUGAUAACAAGUAUAUUUCUUCAACACUGCGUUCUUUACUGGGCGACUUGACUUUUCAAGAAGCUUACUAUAGAACUCGUCGAGUACUUAAUGUUACGGUAUCACCGUCUUCGGUACACGAAAUGCCUAAGUUGUUGAACUAUUUGACUGCUCCAAACGUUCUCAUAUGGUCUGCGGUGUGUGCCUCUUGCUCGGUCCCAUUAGUAUUUGCUUCGUUUGAUAUUUUAGCCAAAAACCCCAAGACAGGUGAACACUAUUCGUGGACGCCCGCGACUUUUAUCGAUGGAAGUGUUGAUAAUGAUCUACCACUUGCCCGUUUAUCUGAGAUGUUCAACGUAAAUCAUUUUAUAGCCUGUCAGGUUAAUCCACAUGUGGCGCCAUUUUUAAAGCUAUCAGAGGCUAUAUCUGGUGGUGAUAGCCCUAUAUCCAACGAUAAGUCCACUAGGUCGCUAACGAGAUCGAUAAUAUCUCGAUGGUCAGCAUUAUGGACGUUUACUCAAGAAAUUAUCAGCGACGAGGUUUCUCAUUUCUUGCUUAUUUUGACGGAGCUGGGGAUAUUCAAUAAUUACAGCUCCAAGUUUCGGUCAGUUCUAGCUCAACAGUAUUCGGGGGACAUUACAAUUUUACCACAGAUCAAGUGGUCAGAACUAGGACAGUUAUUUAAGAAUCCCUCUCCAGAGUUUUUUAAGAAAACAAGAGAGCGGGCUGCUGCUUCGACCUGGCACAAAAUAUCAAUUAUUCGAAACCACUGUGCCAUAGAAUUGGCUCUUGACAGGGCUAUUUUAGAGAUCAGGUCUAGGCUUAUUCCACACCCUUUCGCACAUAGUGAACAACAAGCCACUGCAGGUAGGCCACCUCGAAUGUAUCAUUAUCGUCGGAAGUCUGAGAUUGUUUUACAGAAGACUCUUUUGAGGAAGAAUUCGUGGCAAGACGUUGGAUCGAAAAAGUACUGGAGUCCCAGUCCUCCUUUUCUUUCCGCACACUCCUCGCAUGUUAGCUUACACUCGCUCAAUCCUAAUUCAGCAGUUGCUCGUUUUAAGGAUGCAUAUCACCAUCAGUCUCAAACAAACUUAUUUAACUAA